AUGGACCAGUCUCGUGGGCGGUCGCCGUCAUCUGGCCGUCAAUCGCAAAGUCGCGGCCAUUCUCCUCAAACCCAGACAUUCCAGAACCCAGUCACAUCUGGCGUCGAUCUAUCAGUGCACCAAGCGCUCACAAGUUUCUCGAACAACGAUGCCUUCACUCCCAACGUGUACCAACAGAACAUGUUCAAUCAGACCGCUUACCAAGACAAUCAGUUUAGCAGCGGCUUUCCAAACGAUAAUUUGUACAGUCAACCGGUGAUGUCAAACGACUGGCAGCAAAAUUACUCGCUCGAUCCCUCAUACACCAUGUACCCGCAGGGCAACAUCAAUCCGGCCGAUCUAAGCAAAAGCUCAUCACCUCACGACGAUCACUCACCAGGCCUGCUGUCUCCCGAGAACAACUCUCCAAAUGCGCACGCCGGCUCUCCCGGCUCUACCAACGGCCAGUACUUUACACCACAACAUUCGCGGCAUACGUCGCUCGACCCUUCAAGUGCGUACGGCGACCCAUACGCGACAGCCGCCUUCCAGAAUCAUCGUCGCAACCCCUCAGAUCAUCUCUCGGACGGCGUUAGUAGCGCAUCGCAUUCUCCAUAUCUCGGCCACGCCGAACUCGAUCAAAGCCACUCGCCAUUCUUGGGUGCACAGCCGGAUACCGGCAACACCUUCGGCAUGGACAAUUUCACAAUUAAUGACCCGUAUCGAGGCUCGCCGCGGAUGAUACCGACUCUGGAGAGCCAGCAGCUGAAUGUUGGGCAGGAUCUGCUGAAUCCGGGUUUGAUGGGCCCUCCGGAUAUUUACACGUCGCAGGCGGAGAACAGUAUGCAUCAAGAUGCGUUGGCGGAUAUAGGACAAGCGGAUCAGUUUGCGCCACCUACGAUCAAUAUCGAGCCUGCGCCUGUCUCGAGACAAGCUAGUUUUGGGCCAGCAGGAGAGCAGAUCGAGGGUGCUUUGAGUCCCCCGAGCGGAAGUGGUAGAGGUCGUAAUCGUAGCAAGUCAGAUCUGACCGGCUUGGUGAGACCCAUCUCCCGCUCAGCCUCUCCCGGGAAAUCACCACCUCAUCUUGCAUCGAACGAUUCGUUAUCCGUCCGAUCUCACUCACCCGGGCCUGGAUCAUACUCGCGCGAGUCGUCGCCUGGCCCAACCGCAUCUGGCCGAAUCGACAAGAACAGAAGAGCUAGCACCUCCUCGAUCCAGAACAACCGCGACUACAUCCUCGACCUCGCCGACCCGAACCGACCAAGUGCUGGCCCUGGCUCGAGUCCUUCCGGCGGUGGGAGCAGUCGCGUCCAAAAACAUCCCGCCACCUUCCAGUGCACGCUGUGUCCGAAGAAGUUCACCCGUGCCUACAAUCUGCGAUCUCAUCUACGCACUCACACCGACGAACGGCCAUUUGUGUGCACCGUCUGCGGCAAAGCCUUUGCGCGCCAACACGACCGCAAACGCCACGAAGGUCUACAUUCUGGCGAGAAGAAGUUCGUUUGCCGAGGCGAGCUCCGCUCCCAGCCCGGCCAGAAUUGGGGCUGUGGUCGACGAUUUGCACGAGCGGAUGCGUUGGGACGGCACUUCAGGUCCGAGGCAGGCCGGAAAUCACGCUAUGAUGGAGCAGCAGCAAGCCCAACAGCAGCAGAUGGCGAACGUCUUUGGGCAUCUGCAGCCGGUACCGCAGCCGAUGAUGGUUGGCAUGGACCCGUGAGUGGCAGUGGUGGAUUCGCAUUGCCGGCGGCGUUGUUGCAGCAGUAUCCUGCCCUGCAGAAUAUCGACUGGAGUCAGGUUGCAGGCGGAAGUGGGUUGGACGAUGAUGGGGAUCUGAGUGAUGUCGGGGGAAUGGGUCACAGAGCGAGCUUCGACGCGAGUGGAGGCAGUGGUGGGGAGUUCUAUGACGAGGAUCUGUCGGAAGGGUACGUGAGCGGGAACAAUCAAGGCGGAGGAGGGUUUGCUGGUGGUGGAGGAGGUGGGAUGUUCUUGCAGGGACAGUGA